CCCGCCCCGGGCUCGGCACUCCGCGUCCCGCGCCUGCCGUAGCCUCGGCGCCUGCAGGCCGGGAGGAGGGUGGCGCGGGUUCCUCCAGACACAAAGAGCGGCUGCAGGACGCGGGUGGGAGAAGAGCGUCCGCGCGCGCCCUUGGCCUGUGCGCGCGCAGGCGGAACCGGAGACGCCCCCCCGCCCAGAGCAGGUCUGCUGGAGAGCUCUCCUCUCACCUUAUUGCGGAUGGUGCAGAAGCCUGCGAUGGGAUGGACGAAGAGGAAGAGAGCCACUAUGUCUCGCAGCUCAGGGAUGUCUACAGCAGCUGUGACACCACGGGGACAGGCUUCUUGGACCGGGAGGAGCUGACCCAACUCUGCCUGAAGCUUCAUCUGGAAAAGCAGCUGCCCGUCCUUCUGCAAACACUUCUCGGAAACGACCACUUUGCCAGGGUUAACUUUGAGGAAUUUAAGGACGGUUUCGUGGCCGUCUUGUCAUCACAGGCUGGUGUCGGCUCCUCAGAUGAAGACAGUGGGUCUUUGGAGCCAGGUGCCCCCCGGGCCGUCCCCCCAAAGUACGUGAGCGGCUCUAAGUGGUAUGGCCGUCGGAGCUGGCCCGAGCCCUGCGACGCUGCGGGUGGAGACCAGUGUUUACCGGAGCAGCCGGCCAGGCCCAGUGUGAGAAGCCAGCUCCGCCGCUCCGCGUCCCUGGAAAGUGUGGAGAGUCUCAAGUCCGAUGAAGAAACCGAAAGUGCGAAGGACCCUCAGAAUGAGUUGUUUGAAGCACAAGGCCAGCUGCCAGCCUGGGGUUCUGAGGUCUUCGGGAGCCUCCGGAAGCCCUGCAGCUCCUCCUGCGACACCCCCGAGAGCCGGGUCCGGGGCCUCUGGGAAGAGCUGGGUGUGGGCAGCAGCGGUCACCUCACCGAGCAGGAGCUGGCCCUGCUCUGCCAGAGCGUCGGGCUCCAGGGCCUGGAGAAGGAGGAACUUGAAGACCUGUUCAACAAGCUGGACCAAGACGGCGACGGCAGAGUGAGUCUAGAGGAAUUCCAGCUUGGCCUGUUCAAUCAUGGAUCCCCUCAACUUCUGGAAUCUUCCACACUUGUCAAACCGAGCGGGUCCUGGUCUCAUCACCAGAGGGUACCCAGGAGUUGGUCGGCGUGUGUACACACUCGUGUGCUGUGGGAGGCUGUGCAACCUUGGGCUGAUCUGGCAUUGCUCCUGCCAAGCUGUGUGUCACUGGUCCCAGAGGAGGGUGGUGGCCAGACCACCACAUCAUCCCUCGUGUCCGUGAGCUCGGGCCCGCGCCUCUUGUGCAGCGUGGACGACGGCACCGGCUUCGCCUUCCCGGAGCAGAUCGUCACCCUGUGGGCCCAGGAGGGGGUGCACAACGGCAGGGAGGUCUUGCAGAGCCUCGACUUCAGUGUGGACGAGAAGGUGAACCUUUUGGAGCUGGCCUGGGCCCUUGAGAACGAGCUCAUGAUGGUGGGCGGCGCCACCCAGCAGGCAGCCUUGGCCUGCUACCGCCAGGAGCUGAGCUUCCGCCAGGGGCAGGUAGAGCAGAUGGCCAGGGAGCGAGACAAGGCGAGGCAGGACCUGGAGAAGGUGGAGCAGAGGCACCUGGAGUUUGUGAAGGAGACGGACGACCUCCACUCUGCCCUGGAGCAGCUCGCAGAGGAGAAGGUCAGACGCCUGGAGCAGGGGUACAGGGGGAGGCUGAGUCUCCUGCGGUCCGAGGUGGAGGUGGAGCGCGAGCUGUUCUGGGAGCAGGCCCGGCGGCAGAGGGCUGCGCUGGAGGAGGACCUGCAGCGCCUUCGGGCCGAGGAGGCCAGCCUCCGCCAGAAGCUGACCCUGGCCCUGAAGGAAAACAGUCGACUGCAGAAGGAGAUGAUUGAAGUCGUGGAGAAGCUCGCAGAGUCGGAGAAGCUGGUCCUGAAGCUGCAGAAUGAUCUGGAGUUUGUGUUGAAGGACAAGCUGGAGCCACAGAGCACGGAGCUCCUGGCCCAGGAGGAGCGGUUCUCAGAGGUCCUGAAGGAGUACCAGCUCAAGUGCCGGGACCUGCAGGACUGCAACGACGAGCUGCAGGCCGCGCUGGAAGGCCUGCGGGCACAGCUGCCCCCGAGUCGGCACGGCCAGCUGCCCCCGGGACAUGGCCCGGCAGGCAUUGUCACGUUUGUGGGUAAUUCCGUCCCAGUGAGUAUAGAGACGGAGAUAAUGUUGGAGCAGGUGAAGGAACGUUACGAAGACCUCGAGAUCCAGCUGGAGACCAAGGUGAAUUACUAUGAAAGGGAAAUGGAGGUGAUGAAAAGGGCCUUUGCGGAGGAGAGAAAGGAGCUGGAGCGGGCCUUCAAGCUCGAGGUUGGCGUGCUGCAGGGUCAGAAGGCCGAGCUGGCGACGCUGCACCAGGAGUCGCAGGAGGUUGUCCGAGGCCUGCGGGACCGGCUGCAGCGGGCGGUGGAGCUGGAGCGGGGCCACGCGCGGCAGCUGGCCCAGGAGAGGGACCAGCUGGAGGAGGCGCUGCAGCGGGUCAGAAUCAAAUUGGAUAGGCUUUCUGAAGAAAACACGUUUUUGAAAAAUGAGCUGGCAAGGAUCCAGCAAGAGCUUGAAGCUGCAGAAAGGACAGAGGCUGCACAGAGGAAGGAAGUUGAGGUUUUAAAGAGAGAGAAGGAAAAGGCCUGCUCUGAGAUGGAAGAGCUCUGCACACAGAGUCAGAAAUGCAAGGACGAAUUGUCCCAGCUCAACCACAGGGUCCUGCAGCUGGGAGAGGAGGCCUCUACCCACCAGGCCCAGAGCAAGAAGAAUCACAUCACUGUUCAGCUGCUGACACAGAGACUGGAGGAGGCGGCGUGCCGGGAGGAGCUGCAGGAUAACCAAAUCCAAAAACUUGAACUUGAACUUGAACACGUGACUCAGGAACGUCAGAGCCUGAGACUGGCACAGUCACAGCUGAGAGAGGCCCUCGAAGAGAGUCGGGACCAGCUGCACGGGGCCACCAUGAGGCUGAGGCUGGCCCGGUCCCAGCACGCCCACGAGGUGCAGCAGCUGCAGGAGCAGAUGGAGCGGCUGGUGCCUCGGGGCCGCGUGGCUGAGCUGCAGCAGCUGCUGGAAGGGGAGCGGCAGGCGGCUCGGCAGCUCCGGGAGGAGGAACGGGAAGCACAUGAAAAACAGCUGAAAGCCGCAGAAGAGCGGGUGGAGGAGGUGGAAAUGAUUUUGAAGAACGUGGAAGCGCUCCUCCAAGAGAAAGUGCGUGAGCUGAAAGAGCAGUUUGAAAAGAAUACACGAUCUGAUUUGCUGCUCAAGGAGCUCUAUGUGGAAAAUGCUCACCUAACGAAAGCGCUUCAGGUCACUGAAGAGAAGCAACGAGGUGCUGAGAAAAAAUCCCGAUUCUUGGAAGAAAGAGUUAGAGCUCUCAACAAACUACUCAAUAAGAUCGCUUCAGCAUCUCUCUCUGUGUAGACUUUUCUUCCUGGAGUUCAUUUUGAAAGAACAUCUUUUAAAAGUAAACCACUGUGAUGCCAUAACUUCUAUGGCUCAUUGGCCACACACCCCUGGACAGAUGAAGAUUAUGAUUCUCUGUUCGCCCCACAAGCACUUAAUGAAGGUCGACUAUGUGCCAGAUGCUGGGGAAAACAGACAUGUUGGAAAAGACUACAUUUUUUUUUAGUGGUCCCUAGGUAAAAUUCCUAAUUUUGCUGCUUACUAAUGAAACAGGUUAUGGGGGCUCUCAGCAAGGUAAAUGGUAAAAUAGUUUUAAUGUUUUACUUCUGACCUUGGCUACAGAGACUAAAAUGCAAAGUCAGGGCUCUGCAGUUCUACCAUUUCACUGUUGCUGCUCUGGUUGAGUCACUGGCAUUCUCCAUAGUGGGUGGAUACAGACACUCCAGAAAUGCUUCACUUCCUGUGACUGUCAACUGGCAAUGAGGGAUAGAGGAGGGGAAGCCCCUUUGUCAGGGUCAGCUCCACUGCAGGGAUGUCUGGACAGUGCUUGUUAUUUUAGGACUGUGGACUCAGGGAGGAUGGUUUCUAUUGUGAAUGCAAUCUUUUCCUCAUUGAAGUGUCAUCACACUGGAAAGUAUAUUAUUUGUAAAAAAAAAAAAAAACAAAAGUAUAGUUUUAUAUCCAAAAUAUACAUAAAUUAUGGCCAUUUGGUUUAUCAGAAUAAACUACUGUAAUAUGAAGAGUCACUGUAUUUGCAAUAAAAGUCCUUUUCUAUUAAAA